UAACCUGCGCAGGGGAGAACUGCAGACUUGGCUGUACGCGAGGCACACACUCGAAUCAAGGAGUGAUUUCACCUGAUUCCGCGGUGCUGGCUGGUUGGUGGAUUUAGUUUAUGUACUUGAUAAAUAAGGAUACAAAACUGAUUUCAGAGCAUACUUGUUUCUAGAGUCACUGCAGUGUUGUGCUGUAUCGGGAGAACUACCCAAGUGGAGACUUUGCUGAUGCAUCUUUGUGCGAGCAUCCAUCUCUUGGCGAUUACAAAUAACAUACACAAAGCUGGGGAUACGGUCUACAUCAGCUUUCAGAAAACACACAUCGCUUUUUUCCUCUGAAGCUUGUUGUAGCUGGAAAUCUCUUGGAGAUAGGCUACUAGAGGCACAGAUAUAGCUUACUUUUUGAUAUUCUCACCUUAUAGUUGAGACAAGCAAAUAGAGGUCGACCUCCAACCACAACAGCAUUUCGAGUGGAGUUGAAUUUCUGUGGGCAUCACAAUUUCGCACGGAGCAAGGAGUAUUUGACAUUCAAGUUUCCGUGGAAGUUGCGCACUGACGGAAAAAUGGGCAUUUGUGGUUAUUUUGUGGCGCCUUGGAAAUGCCUUGUUGUCAUCGGUGUAAGACUGUUAUUCCUUGUACCUGCAGGAGUGCCAGCGAGGAGCGGGGAUUCUUUUUCUAAGGACAACAUCACUGUCAGACAAGGGGACAGUGCCGUCUUAAAAUGUACUGUGGAUAGCAAGGUAUCGCGGGUGGCUUGGCUCAACCGCACCACCAUUCUCUACGCGGGGGCUGACAAGUGGUCUCUGGACCCUCGAGUGGUCCGAAUGGACAACACACCCGUGACAGAGUACAGCAUAAAGAUCCAGAAUGUGAAUGUACACGACGAGGGGCCCUACGUGUGCUCCAUCCUCACAAGCAACAAACCCAAAUCAUCCAAAGUGCAUCUCAUCGUUCAAGUACCUGCGAAGAUCACAAACAUAUCGACGGACAUCACAGUGAAUGAGGGCAGUAAUGUAACUCUCAUGUGUCUGGCCAUUGGACGACCAGAGCCUAACAUCAUAUGGAAACAUCGCUCUGCAAAAGGACACAAAUUUGUCACUGAAGGGGAAUAUGUUGAUAUGACAGCAAUCACUAAAGAACAGUCGGGAUCGUACGAAUGCAUCUCCUCCAAUGACAUCUCAGCCCCAGAUGUGAAGACAGUGAAAGUCACAGUCAAUUAUGCUCCCUUCAUUUCGAAGGCCGGGAGUACAGGUACCCCAGUGGGCCAAAAAGGGGUGCUCCAAUGUGAGGCCUCUGCUGUUCCUGGUGCAGAUUUUGAGUGGUACAAAGAGGACCGCAGACUCCUAAAUGGACUGAAUGGGGUUAAGAUAGAGAACCAAGGUAAACAAUCCAUGCUUAUGUUUUUGAAUGUUUCUGAAGAGGACUACGGAAACUACACGUGUGUGGCCAUGAACACCAUGGGGAUCACCAAUGCAAGCAUAAUCCUCUACGGCCCCGGGACUAUGAUGCAUGAUGUGAACAGGGCUGCCCUGUCGCCCCACUGCUCCUUCUGCCUCCUGCUGACUGUUUUCUUGUUGUUCCUGCUCAAGUUUUGAUGCAACACGGUUCAUCCUCAGCUUUACCUAGCACUGAACAACAACAAGACUCUUGGUCCCAGAAGAAGAAAAGGAACAAAAGGAACUACCAAUAACAUCGUUGGUUCACUCUUCUUUUUUUUUGGUGUGCAUUGGCGGUAUGUCUUCAUUUGGACAAAAACCAGAAGACGGGACACGUCUAGGGUGGUGGGGAGGGAGAGGGUCGACAUGGAUGCUGAUCUGAGGUGAUGGUAGUACUACAGUUGUGUCAAUCUAAACUUUUAUAUGUAAAAAAGGGAAACAAAAAGUUCAUGUAUGUGUUGAUAGUUGACUGGUUUUACCCAAAUAUUGAGGUGUACAUUCAGAUUACUGGUGUGUCAUGUCCUGUUUGAUCUAUGUACAAUAACAUAAGCUUUUCUUAAGUAAACAACAAAAAAAUUAAAACAUACAUUGUGAUUGUUGAAUUUACUGUAUUUUUACAGUUGUAUGCAACAGAAUAAUAACAAAAACAGACCAUUCAAUAUAAACAAUGUCAACUUCAGU